AUGACAGAGCAAAGCCGGUCCCAAUCCGCCGCCAAAAAUGGCCAGACAGACAAGGAGGGCGAAAUGGACCUCACCACCAUUCUUGAUGAAGCUCAGCGUACCGACCUGACCCUCCUUAUUGCCACUCUCACCGAGUCAAUGCGGAAUCUCAUCCAGGAUAAUUUCGAUUCAACGGCCGCACUGGACAAGAGUUCGCUUCGAGAAAGCAUGACUGAAGAAGAGAAUGAUCGAGAACGCAAAAUCAAAGAAGAAAGCGACCAGGAUCUUGAAACCGUCAAGAUGAGAACUCUCAAGAGAGACUCUCUAAGAUCCUUUGAUGAAUGGCGUGAGCAAGUCACAUUCCGGGUCAGUCAAGCUGUCAAUGGCGAGCGGAUUGCCCAAGAGCAAGCCCAGAAAAAUGCUGGCAUGGCCCAGCCUUCAAAACCUCAGGCACCUGCAAUAGCCGGUAAGAUUAUGGAGGCCCCAACAAGAGCAGUCAACCUGAAGUUCAAGAACGUGUUCCCACCGGCCCGCACUGCAUUGACCAAAUUACCUAUGGGCCAGCGAACCCUGAUUCUUCAUUCAAUCCUUCUCCUCCUUUUGUCAUUGGAGCACUAUACUGCUUACUCUCGCAUUUUAAUGCUUAACUUGACCUCAUCUUUAAAAUUGCCUCUCAAGACGUUCGAGCAAGACGAGUAUACCACUGCCAAGGGUCUCCUUGACGCAGCAAAAGAAAUGACUGCAGACGAGGAGAGAAAGAAGAAAGUUGAACAAAGCAAAGAUUCCCGAAAGUGGAAAGUUGGUCUUGCUACAGCAGCCGGUGCAGCUAUCAUUGGAGUCACUGGCGGCCUGGCUGCUCCUCUUGUGGCCGCCGGAGUUGGCUCGGUCAUGGGCGGUCUGGGGCUCGGCGCUACAACCGCUGCAGCCUAUCUCGGUUCUGUAGCAGGGAGUUCAGUCGUCGUUGGUGGAUUGUUUGGUGCCUACGGCGGAAGAAUGACCGGUCAAAUGAUGGACGCCUACGCUCGAGAGGUUGAAGAUUUUCAGUUUCUUCCCGUCCACGGACGUCGUGACAAGAAGACCCAGGAUGCUCAACAAGCCAGCGAACAUGAUCACAAACUUCGAGUCACUAUCGGUAUCUCUGGCUGGUUGACAGAGAAAGAAGAAGUUGUCAAACCAUGGGGUGUCUUAGGCUCCGGUGCAGAAGUCUUUGCCCUGAAAUGGGAACUUGAAGCAUUACUCAACCUGGGAAAUGCCAUAAAUGGCAUGGUCCAAUCUGCAGCCUGGGGAUACGCGCGGAAAGAAAUCAUUCAGAGAACCAUCUUUGCCAAUCUCGCUGUUGCACUUUGGCCCAUUGGGUUACUCAAGGUUGCCCGAGUCAUUGACAAUCCGUUCAGCGUGGCCAAGAGCCGGGCUGACAAGGCUGGCGAAGUUCUUGCUGAUGCUCUGGCCAACCGUGCACAAGGUGAAAGGCCAGUCACACUGAUUGGAUACUCCCUUGGAGCGCGAGUGAUUUAUGCAUGCCUGAUGAGUCUGGCGAAACGAAAAGAAUUCGGCAUCAUCGAGAAUGCUAUUCUGAUGGGAUCACCAACAUCAAGUGAUACCAGUGAUUGGCGGACUCUUCGCAGCGUUGUGGCAGGACGACUCGUCAAUGUCUUCUCGACCACCGACUACGUGCUGGGUUUCAUGUAUCGCACCUCGGCCAUUCAAUAUGGUGUCGCCGGUCUUCAAAAGGUUGAAGGGCUGAGUGGAGUGGAGAAUUUUGAUGCAUCAGAAGAUGUCACCAGUCAUCACCGAUACCGCUAUUUGAUCGGUGCGAUUCUCCAGAAGAUUGGCUUCGAAGACAUCGAUAUGGUCACUGUUGAGAAAGAGCAGGAAUUGCUCUUGAAGAUGGAAGAAGAAGAGAAAAAUCAAUCGAUUCAGUCACAACGAAGGUGGUUGAUGAGACGCCAAUCCAACGGCGGAAAGGAAGAUGAAGCAGCUGAGGCGGAUGCGGAAGCGAAUGAGCUGGAAAAGAAAAUUCACGAUCAGACGCAAAAAAGUUUGAUGACGCGUGCGAUUGAAUAUUUCUACAAGCCCGGUGUUCCCGGUACCGGAGACGCGGGGCGCGUUGAUGGCAAUGUUCGGAGGGCUGGACAAGAUUCUCCCCAGGCAGGAAAUGUUGUCGGUCAAACUGCCCAAGAUGUCCCAGCUUCGACGCAAAGCUAUGCGACAAGACUCUAUAAGAGCGUCCAAAGUAUGCCUCACACCAGCCGGUCCACGCCGACGACUACAAAUGCAAAUGCAACUUCCACCGCCGACACGAAGCAGGCCACAGAUCAAGCAACAAAGGCAGCAGGUGGAGCUACCGGCCACAGUCAGAGCUACGUUCAAACAGCCUCGUCCUAUCUGCGGAGCAUGCCAUCACUUGCCAGAAGCAGCAAGAGCCAAGGCCAAAGCCAGUCAGCUACGAGCAAUGCCACAGACUCAGCAAUCCAAGCGGCAGAAACCACAGCGUCAGCCGCAAAAGAUACAGCAAACCUUGUCUCAGACACCGACACUCCCACUGUCACAAAUACGCAGCGUCCCCGAGACAAUCCAGCCGUAAAGUCUACCAAGCACACCCCAGAUAAAGCGCCCAUCAUCCAUCAAGCUAAAGACCGCACUCCCACUCUGAUGGAAAACGUUACUGGAGAUGUUGUGGGCGCAGCUGGCACCACAGCACAGGAUACAGGGCAAUCGCUGUCGAAGGGCCUGGAUACCACGACUGGUGCGGUAGGUGAUGUGGAAAAAGUAGCCACCAGCAGAACUCAAGGUGCAGCGAAGACAGGACAACAACAAAGCUACACAUCUCGAGAAGCUGAGUAUUUAUCAACAGUGCCAACUAUGCCGAACAUCAGUAUACCGAAGAUAAAGUUUGGUGAGAGUGACCCGAAGAAAUCCCAACCGCCGAUACUUGAGGAGCGGACAUCAGGAACCGGGGCCAGCGCCAGGCCUCCACCGCUAAAGCUCGAUCAAGUUAAGUCACCAUCACCGAUCUCAUUGCCUAAACCUGAACAUGUCCCGUCUGGAGUCAAAUCGCCGCCGAAACCCGACCGUGUUCCCUCAUCUGCGCUCGGUGAAAGAUUAUCUGGGAUUCAAGGGCGAGCGAGCGACGCAGGUCGAGAAGCAGUCAGACAAGGAAAGAGUAUGAUUGAGGGCGUGGGGAGGAGAUUUAGUGGAUUUGGAAGUGGAAAGCAACAGCAACAAAAAUAG